AUGCCCCGCAACCUCGCCCGCCUGCGGUACAGGCUGCCGCCUGCGCCCGUGUCGUUCGAGGGCAUUGACGCGGGCCGCGUCCGCCUGCUGGAGAACAAGGUCGCCCAGUACGUGGUGCGCCAGUCGAACCCGCGCCACGUCAAGCUCCAGACGGUGGUCAACGCAAAGGCAAAGCCGCUGCCGACGGGCAAGUCCAUGGUGCGGCCCAUCAAGCCGUACACGCUGCGCGACGUGGUCGACCCCGAGGGCACCGCGCGCCACGGCCAGAUCAUCUACGUCUUCCGCAGCAUCAAGACGAACCAGGUCAUCUACUCGCUGCAGGAGCUGCUGGACGACCACCACCUCGCCCAGCUGCCCUUCAUCGGCAAGCACUCGGUCCCCGCCCAGCUGCGGCCGGACGAGUGGACGCCGCACUGCGUCAUCGCGUUUGCGACGCCCGAGCAGGGCCACAAUGCCUUCCGCAAGCUGCGUGAGUUUCGCAAGCUGCACGAGGUCUCGUGGGAGAAGACGAACCCGGGCUGGAAGCAGCUGAAGAUUGAGCUGCGCAUCAAGAAGAUCAUGGACCAGCGCGCCAACAUGAGCGCCGACCUGGCCGAGGUCCUGCGCAUCCAGCACGCCCACGGCCUCCAGAUGGCCACAGCCCUCGCCGAGCAGCAGCAAAAGGCUAGCGAGUUCAUGGACAAGAAGUGGGCCUCGAUCGACUCCCUCGCAAACGCCGCGGCCGAGAAGGAGAAGCAGGCAGCCAGCGUCAAGUGGCUCGAGCACGAGAUCCGCCGCCUCACGCAGAAGAUGAAGAUGAAGCACAUGCAGAAGGACGAGGACCAGAAACGCCUCGAAGCCGCGCGCGCCAGCCACGAGGCCCGCCUCAGGCGCGUGCAAUACGCCCUCCGCAAAGCCGAGCAGUUCAAGAAGAUGCAAGACGACCUGGCCGCCAAAGCCGCGCCCGCGAAUGAGGCCGGCGCGCAAGAAAGGCUGGACGACCUGCACUCCCAAGUCUCCGCCCUCCGCGACUCGCUCGAGAACCCCGAUCCCACCCGCUCCCAGGAACACCUCGACGUUGAUGCCGACCUGCUCGAACGCCACACGGCCGAGAUUGCAACCCUCGAGGAGGCCUUUGAGGCCAAGCAGCAGGCCGACAGCCGCGACCACUACAUUGCACGCUCCGUUCUGCCGCAAGUGCUCAAGAAGCCGCUCCCCACACCCUACACGCUGGAGGGCGUGAGCGUCAUGUGGGCCGACAUGCAGGACGCCCUGUACGCGGCCGGUGCGUGGCCCGAAGCCAUUGAGCACGAGACACUUGCCAUCAACAGGAUCAGGGACUCGACGGCGUAUCUGUCGGCCGAGGAGUUUGAGAUUGAGAAGCGCAACGAGGUCAGCAGAAUCCUUGCUGCGCUGAGACCAGAGGAGCUGCAGGAGACCGACGAGGACAAGACGCAGCUGUACUCCAGACUCGAGGAGCCGGAGCAGAAGACGGGCGUGCUGGGGAUGCUGGCCAAGGUGAAUCCGUUCAAGAGCGCGAGCGCGUAG